UUACUCAUUGGGAAAGAUGGGACAGUGUAGCAGGUUUCAGAAGGUCUACCAAUUGUUAGCUGGAGAGAAAGCAGCCCGGGUUUUGGCAUUCGUUUCCACGGGACAGAACCUGGGUUAUUUCUUGAAAUUAAAGAAAGGGUCGGGAGUCGGAGCUGCCUUUAGCAUUGACCACGAUGUAACUAUUCUUCAGCUUCAUGCUGAGGUCGGUUUAUUGGGCAUCAAAGCUGAAGCCGACGUAUUUUUAUCAAAGAAUGGCUUGGCCACUUACGUUGAAGGUAAGGUAUGGAGUCUCUUCCGCGCCCGGUUGACGAUGUCGGCCGAGCUUGGUAAAGAGUGGUAUCAACUGACAUACAUUGUGGAGGGUUCACUACUGCCUGGCGGAAAUGACUCUUUUGAAGGGAGCUUCCUUGACGCGCUUAAGGAAUUUGCCAACAACCUUGCCAACGAAGCCAACAAACGAGUAACCCAAGCACAGCAAGGUCUAACUUGGGCUCAAGGUAAGCUAACCAAGGCCCAGAACUGGCUUGAGGAGAAAAAGGCAGAUGUUCGCAGGGCAAAUGGCGCAUUUGAUAGCGCCGUUGCAGCUCUAGAACGUGCCAAGCAGAAACUGGAGGCCGCAAAGGGACCUUUCCGCAGAGCUCUGGAAAAACUGAAAGCUGCACAAAAGGAUGUAGAUAGUCUGUGUAGGAUAAGAGAUUGCGGGAAAAUCUGUAUACCAGGACUAAAAUGUAAAUGGUGCCAUAAGAAAGUCUGGGGAGUCAGAAUCCCUUACCCUUGCUGUAGGUGGACAAGCUGCAUGGUCGAGAUACCGGAUCCUAUCUGUGUGGCUGCUAAUGUGGUCUGUAGGGGAAUCCGGUUGGUCGCAUAUGGCGCCCUAGAAGUGGCCAAGAUAGCUGUUAAAGCCCCUAUGGUCGCCCUGGAUGUUGCCAAGGCCGGUAUUUCGGUGGCACAGAUCGUGGUAGACAAGUCGAGGGUGGUGUUGGACAUCGCAGUAGGUGCUUUGGAAGUGGCCAAGAUUGCAUUGGAAGGCGUUAAAGCGUCAUUUGAUGUUGCCAAGGCCGCUCUUGAAGCAGUGAAGUUUGCAGUUAGAGCGGCCUUCAAAGUGUUUGAGUUGAUCGCUUCAGGGCUGCAGACUAUAAUAGACGUUAGGCAGUGUGGGUUCCGUGUGGAGCUUUCUACUGUCGAUUUACCUAUUUUCGACGUGUCGUGUGAAGUCAAUGCUUUCCGCCUCGGUUGGAGAACCGUAGGGAUAAGGAUCAACUUCAAAAAUAUAGUGCAGAGCAUAUUAGAAGCAGCUAAAGCUACCGUAAAUGCACUACUCGAUGCACUCAAAAACACUAUUAGCGGACGAAAACGGCGCGAGAUAGAGUUUGACGUGAACGCCAAAAUGCACACCUUAUACCGGGUGAUUCGCCAAACUGGCAGCAUCGAAGCAGGAGAACAACUAUUGAAUGAAACCCUCGACGUAAAGGAUAGCAUCACUGGCUUCAAGAACAGCACCAAUGAGGAUCUCAACAACCUUAGUGAUAAGGAAAACAGAGUUAAUAUAUUUGCAGAAAAAUGUGAGACUUUUAACGAAGCGGAAGGAUUUCUGCGUCGCGUUUUUGACUCCCUUUUAAGUGUUGCAACUGACUCCAAAGCAUCGUUAGACAACGUGACAGCCAUGCUGGAGACCUUCCCAGAUGUCGACACCCCUCAACUAUCAAAUGGAUCAUUGGCGUCUUUCGGGGUUAAUGUCACGGUCGGUGAAUCUGAUUACAAUCUGACGGCUGAGGAGAUGGAGGCGACGUUUUCGGAGACCAUGGCGAACAUCAAGGAUGAUCCGGAACUGAAAGAGGCCCUGGGAGCCUCUACGUUCGCCAAGAGUAUAAUUUUGCAGGAAACAGAACAAGCAACGAAGAUGGCGUUAGUGGAAAUGUGGAUCAGUGUCGCAGAAAAUAUUACGUCAACCACAUAUCCGACGGAUGUUUGUGCCAACUUCAGAGAUUGUGUGUUGUACGAUCUUGGACGUUUGUAUGACCUAUAUGACACCAAUCUACAGUUGCUGGGUGUCCAAAGCAUCAAGGGUUAUCUUCCCACUCUGGAGAAUUCAAUCCUUGCACUUGUGAACAGCGUGGAAGGCAUCGACGUCAAUGAAGCUUAUCGACAUAGCCGAGAGAUCAUGGAUCUUCUUGAUAGCAUCAAGUCCCAUGAUGUUUUCUGUAAAACCGCACCGCAAAUCAUUGCGGGACCUAGAAACACCACUGUUACGACUGGAGAGUCAGUGCAGUUCACAUGUCAGGCAACUGGUGAUCCCACACCGGACUACUCCUGGUUUAAGGAUGGUGAGGCUCUGGGAAUAACCUCGAAGACCUUGCGCUUGAAAUCGGCGUCAGAUUCUGAUGCAGGGGCGUACUCGUGCCGAGCUGAAAAUUACAUUGCUGGCGAUGACUCAGAACCUGGAUACCUAACUGUCACUAACAAUGUAAUUUCGUGUCCGACUGCUUUCGCCAUGAUGCCCCACCCCUUCGACUGUAGAAGGUUCGUUGUGUGCGUGUGGUCAACACCCGUGGUCAUGACCUGCCCCAGUAGCCAAGAUGGUCAUCUGGUGUGGGACCAGAGCCAAGUGAGGUGCAACUACGUCCGGAACGUACCGCGAUGUCAACAUUACCAGCCCGGCGAGUGAAACCAGGCGUUGAUCACGUGAAUACCAUGUUGUUAUCACGUGAUAAUGAUAUAGCAACGUAUAAGCAAUAUUAAGUUAAUCAGGCAUGUUUGAAGUGAGAUGCUCUUUCAUGCGCUCUUACGCGUAAUAUAAUACAUUAUUUGACAUAGGUAUUCAUAUUAUCUUUAAUUACUGGUCUGCUUGUAGAAAAGAACCCUUCGUAGACUGAGACUUUGCCUAAAAUGCAGUACUUUACACAUCUAUACAAUGCUGUAGCCCUGUUAAAAGACCUUAUAGAACAAUACAAUGUAUUUGUUAGCUUAAUUUGUUAUAAUUAUUAUCGUAAAACCGUUAUGUGUACCAAUUUUAAAGAUUGAACAACUGAAGUAUAAUUAAAUAUUUAUAUUUAUAACCA